UAGUUAGCGUGGUACGAAACAAGGUACAAGCCGAUAUUCAUAUGUUUUUAAAGCGGGUGAGACUCGAAAUAUCAGUGUUCGUCUCUUCAGACUUCAGAAAGACGGAAACACAGAGUGGUAUUGUAAUGAACAAAUGCUAUGGAUAGAAUCGCAGAGCUUGCAGGAGAAGAUGAUACUGAAGAGAGAAACAGGACGUUUGUGUUUGCUGACGAGGGCCACACAUUCGGGAAUGCUUUGAGGAGCAUUAUAGUGAGAUAUCCAGAGGUCCUUUUCUGUGGGUACACAAUACCUCAUCCAGCAGAAACAAAGAUGCAUUUCAGGAUUCAAACAAAUGGAGCACGAGCUGCUGAUAUUCUGAAAAAGGGCAUUGAGGAUUUGGAAAAGGUGUGUGACCACAUAUUGGAAGUGUUUCAGGCAGAAAUGGAAGAGUUUAAAGCACCCUGAAACAAAUUCUUUUACGUUUUUUCAGAAGUCAUUGUGUAAUGAGAUACUAUUUAUGGAACCAUAAUUGGUUACAUUUGUAAUGUUUUGUACUAUAAAUUUUAUAUUAUUUUGAAAUAAAAUACGUUUGAUGCUUUA